CCAGUUAACCAGGUGUGGAGCGUAACCGACAUGGCCAUGAAACUUGUACUUCUUUUCGUCGCCGUUUUUGCGGGAUGCAAUGCAUUACCUCUUGAGGAGCCGGACCAGGACAUGUCCAUCUUCUUUGAGCAUGUGGACCCUAAUGCCCGCAUCGUAGGCGGCACCCAUGCCGCUGAAGGCUCUCAUCCCCACAUGGUUUCCAUAACCUUCGGCGCUAAUCUCAGGAACUUAGUUGGCAGCGGCUCCAUCCUCUCCCGCAGGACUAUCCUCACCGCUGGCCACUGCAUCGUGCCCAUGAUCAACGACUACGAGGAUACUCUUAGUAGUAACGCACACGCGACUGUUGGCACCAACCAGUGGUUCAGUGGUGGUCAGAUGUACUCUUACCAGGGAUACGUCGUCCACCCCGAAUACGGCUUUAUGAAGAAUGACAUCGGUAUGCUCUACACCACAACCGACAUCGUCUGGAACAACGUCGUCAGGCCUAUCGUUAUUAACUACGAUUGGAUCGGAGAAGGGAUGAACUGCAGGGUUGCUGGAUGGGGCAGAAUCAGGAACGGCGGUAUUAUCGCUCGCAACCUGCGCGAACUGAACGUGCAAACAGUCGACGGCAACCAUUGCAUCCGUGAAGUCGCCCGUGUCGCCGCCAUCCACAACAUGGGACCUACUAAUGUCGAUCCCAACAUAGAGAUCUGCGCCUUCAACUCUCGCAACCGUGGUGUUUGCAAUGGUGACUCCGGCAGCGCUCUGGUCCGCGUGGACCGCGGCCAGCAGAUCGGUCUCGUGUCUUGGGGUCUCCCGUGCGCCCUGGGCGCUCCCGACAUAUUCGUAAGGCUCAGCGCCUUCAGGAGCUGGAUCCAGAGCAACACCGUUAACUAAUCAGCUCUCUUUUUUUAUCAUCAAUCCUACGAUUACGUUUAAUAAAUGAUUUAAAAUUUA